AUGCGGAUUACACUUGCUUCCAUCCUCCUAGCCAUUACGGCCGAGGCGGCGCCUCUCAUUGCUAUCGGUGGCAUACCAAUUCUAUCAACCGUCAGGCUUGCCCGUGUCAUCCCAGUAGUAGUCGGCGGCCCCCAGGACACCUUCAUCCCCAACAUCGUAUCCGCCUCCCCCGGUGAUAUCAUCCAGUUCCAGUUCAGCUCCGGCAACCACACCGUGACGCAGAGCGCCGCCAACGCUCCCUGUCAGCCUCUACAAGCCACCGUUCCUGGAGCGAUUCACAGCGGCCACAUCCCUUUCCAGGCGGGCCAGCAGACCGUCGGUGUUUUCAAUAUGCCCGUCACGAGCUCCGCGACGAUGUUUCUCUACUGCGCUACUGGACCUCAUUGUCAGACCGGCCAGGUCAUGAUUGUCAAUCCUUUGAGUACCGACCAGCUCGUUAGCUACUCCAGGUUGGCAGCUGGCGCUCCUGCGAAUAUUGACGGAACGACAGUUGCUGGUGGCGUGGUUGGUCAGAUCCCGUUGGCAUCUGCAGCAUUCAUCCCCGCUGCAGAGGAGGAAGGGCCCCCCGGAGGCGCGCCACCAGUAGGCAAUGCCACUGCGACAUAG